AUGGCGUCUCAUUCCCAACCGUUUACUGCUGCUCCGGCGGCUGCUCCAGCCAACCAACCUCCAGUCUUACCGGAGUCAGCAGGGACUCGCUGGGCCCCUCGAGAUCCGUUGAGGCCCGGCGCGGCGGGCGAAGCUUCGAGCCUUUGGGUCAAGGAAGCUGCCGCAUUUGGGGGAAGGCUUCUUUGGGGCUGCGCACACUGCGGCAGCACGGCAACCCGCUUCAAGGGCCUCCGUGAUCAUCACAGUGGGAGGGACGGCUCUAGGGGCAUGCACCCGGAUCAUCCCUUUGAGGACUUUACGUGCUGUAUAAAUAAUCCGAAUCUGCAAACCCCGCGUCCUCUCAUUCCCGAACUCAGGGAAGCGGCAGUCAGGGCAAUCAACGAGGGCAGAGUGCUGCCAUAUACUCUCCAACGCUUCGACCAAUUUUAUACCGGCCCUGCGCUCCCUGCAUACCCUCCUGGCCUUGCGCCAGCCGGCCUCGCUCCCUCUUUUGCUCCAACUCUGGCCCCAGCCCCGGCCCUUGGUCCUGGUCCUCUUCUUCCUACUCUUCCUGACUUCGGUCAUCUCACCAGUCUAAAUCAGCAUACGCCUGCUGCCAACAAUUUCCCUGCCCCUUCCUCCGCCUAUUCCUCUGAUCAAGCUGCCGGCCCGGCUUUCGAGGAUUUCCCCACCACGUCUGACCAGUGGCCUUUCUUCCCAGAAGAGGACUACCCGGUUCUGGGAGAACAGCAAACAGGGGCAGGCACAGAAGUAGAAUUCGGCAGUCAGUACUACUCGUAUAACCCCGGAGAAUACGAGGAAAGCAUCAACUCUCCAGCCCCUGCAUCCACCAACGGUCAAGAAACUAGCAACACAAUGGCAGACCAUGCGAAAUCAUCUCCUGCUCCCUCCCUGGCAGCCGAUAGUGCCAGAUCCAAACGAAAUAAACGCGAUAGUCGCAAAAAACGCGAGGCAAAAGGCCUUGAUCAGGACAAUAUGCCCCCUAAAAAGAAAGCCGUCAUUGCUCACAGCUCAGCUGUCCCCUCUUCUGCUCUUUCGAUCCUUCGUCCUAUGCUCCUUGCCGAUCCUCGUCCCUCUGACCUCCUACCCGCGCAGCCCCGUCAUCUGAACUUUGUGUAUCAGAAGACUUCUGAUGUCCUCAACCAGAGUUGGCGUUUCUACGAAGUCGUCGAUAAACUCACAAACAAGAACGGCUUCCGUUACAGCUAUGCCGUUGCCGAUCCCGGAUUUCCACACAUCAAGUACCGCCAAACUGAUGUCCCGCCUUAUCAUGCUCGAUUCAGCUUUGAGGAUUCUCCUGCUGCGAUCACCUUCACCCAAGAUGCUUUGGCCGUUACGACCAACGAGCCCUGGCACACUGCUCGUGCCAACGUCUGUGCAAGAGAGGGGUCUUAUUAUUACGAAGCUCGCGUCGUGAGUGGCAUCGUCGAUCCAGCACGGCGUGUGUCGAGCGCUGGUUCUGACUCCACGUCUCGCGGACAUGUUCGCCUCGGUUUUGCACGGCGUGAAGCUGAACUCGACGUCAACGUUGGGGUUGACUGCUAUGGUUACGGCAUACGUGACGUGAAUGGCGAAGUUGUCAAUCGGAUGCGCUGCGAGUAUUUCUUCCCCAAGGGAGAGGCCAUUCACGAGGGCGACGUGAUAGGCAUGCUUAUUACUCUUCCACCUCUCUCCCUCCACAAGAAAGUCGUCGAAGGCACCUAUGACCCCGCUGUCGAUGGCGAUGGCAAGAACCUCCACUCUGACCAACCUUACUAUACCAAUAUGAUCCGCGACCGUAUCCCAUUUCACCUCAAAUCAGAUUUCUGCUGGCAACAGUCCAAUAUCUUCCCAACCAAACAUCUUCGAGACUACGCAUUCAACCUGAAGGAGACCCCCACCUUCGGCCCACCAUCACCUCUGAACAGCGAAGAUCCGUCUCUUCGUACCCUGCCUGGUUCUAGCAUCACUAUCUUCAAGAAUGGCGUCAAGAUGGGUACGCCUUUCAAAGAGCUCUACGCCUUCCUUCCGCCCGCCAGUCGACUGGCCAACGGGUCGAACAACCUUGGUAUUGGCGAAAGAGAAAAUGCAGACGAUGGCAUGAUUGGGUACUUCCCCGCCGUCAGCUGCUAUGGGGGAGGUGCGGUGGAAUGUCGUUUCGAAGGACCCUGGUGGGUUGGUCCCCCUUCAACCACGGAGGACGGCCAGCCGAUCCGUGCUAUUGGAGAGAGAUUCAACGAUCAGAUCGUGGAAGAUGUCCUCGCUGACAUCAUUGAUGAAGUCGAAGCUAUGUUCCUGUGGGGUGGCCUGGAGGGAGACAUUGUCGCGCGCAAUACGGGCUUUGACGGUCAGGGAACCGGUGGCAUUGGAGGCGCGGAUGUGGCUAACGGCGGCGUGGGAGCCGUUUACCAGGCUGCUGCCGCAUCAUCUACUCGCUCUGCGCCUGCGGAUGGGGACCAUGAUGAACCUGCCGGUCAUCAUCUCAGUCAUAUCGGUAACGAAGAUGGAAUGAGCGUGGACGCAGUAAGCACGCCAGACGCCGGUCCUGUGGGCGCAGGAGUUGAUGGCGCAGAUGACAAGGAUGUUGAGAUGACCUGA